UUCAUCACUUGGGUACGUACCUUCCUUCUCUUUUCGACCUUUUUCACGAAGAAAACCCUAAUUUCACCACAAUUGACCGAUUUCUCUUCAUUUCUCAUUUAUUUUGUAGUGUUGACAAACCAUCCUGCAUCAAUAAUCGAUGCUAUAGGUUGAGGGAUGAAGCUCUGCAGAUUUUCAAUUGGGUUGCAAUAAUUAAAGAUGACCUUCUUGCAUCAAUGAGUCAAUACCAGAGCUAAAGGUACCACACUAGCAGGAUUUCCACAGAGCUAGUAAAAGUUGAAGAGAAAAGCGAAAGCUUAUGCAAUUCAGCAUUAUACACUGAAUCAAAUGGCCGGGAGCUGGGAUGAAAGUCAUGAACUUGGUAGCCAAUCAGAUGAUAGCUUUCAAUAUGAAAGACAGCAUAUAGAACCUAUAUAUGAUGCAUUUAUAUGCCCUCUUACGAAACAAAUUAUGAGAGAUCCUGUAACCUUGGAAAAUGGGCAAACUUUUGAGCGCGAGGCUAUUGAAAGAUGGUUCAAUGAGUGUAAAGAGAGCGGCCGGAAGCUGCUUUGUCCCUUGACAUUGAGAGAAUUAAAAACAACCGAUAUGAAUCCAAGUAUUGCUUUGAGGAACACAAUUGAAGAAUGGAAUGCUAGGAAUGAAGCUGUUCAGCUUGACAUGGCUUGCAAGUCGUUAAAUCCUGGUUGUCCCGAGACUGACAUUUUGCGAGCUUUGAAGUUUGUUCAACACCUGUGCCAAAAAAAUCUUUCAAAUAAGCACAUCAUCCGCAACGCUGACUUAAUACCUAUGAUUGUUGACAUGUUGAAGAGCAGCAGUCGUCGAGUCAGGUGUAGAGCUCUGGAGACUCUUCGAAUUGUGGUGGAGGAUGAUGAUGAUAAUAAGGAAAUAAUGGCUGAAGGGGAUAAUGUGCGCACAAUAGUCAAGUUUUUGUCUCAUGAACAGUCUAAAGAGAGGGAAGAAGCUGUCUCUUUGCUCUUUGAGCUCUCGAAAUCGGAGGCUUUGUGUGAAAAAAUUGGCUCUGUUAAUGGAGCGAUCCUCAUCCUUGUUGGAAUGACAAGUAGCAAAUCUGAAAAUCUAUUGACGGUCGAGAAGGCAGAUAAAACUUUGGAAAAUUUGGAGAAGAAUGAAACUAAUGUAAGGCAAAUGGCUGAAAAUGGUAGAUUGCAACCUCUUUUGGCACUUCUCCUCGAAGGUUCUCCAGAAAUCAAACUGUCCAUGGCUUCAUAUCUUGGCGAGCUGGCUCUGAGCAACGACGUGAAAGUCUUUGUGGCUAGAACCGUGGGUUCAUCGUUGAUCAACCUCAUGAAGAGCGGUAAUAUGCAGUCUAGAGAAGCAGCCCUAAAAGCCCUUAAUCAAGUCUCAUCUUGCGAGCCAAGUGCCAAGAUCUUGGUCGACGAAGGUAUACUUUCACCUCUUGUCAAGGACCUUUUUGCGGGCCCAAACCAGCUCCCUAUGCGACUCAAAGAAAUUUGCGCUACAAUACUCGCAAAUGUAGUGACCUCCGACUGUGACUUUGACUCGAUCCCCGUGGGUCCCAACCACCAGACCCUUGUGUCCGAAGACAUAAUUCAUAACCUACUCUAUUUGAUCAGCAACACUGGACCCGCAAUCGAAUGUAAGCUUCUACAGGUCCUUGUUGGACUCACCAGCUCCCCUAUUACUCUAAUUGGUGUUGUUUCUGCUAUCAAAAGCUCGGGAGCCAUUAACAGUCUGGUUCAGUUUAUCGAAGCCCCACAACAAGAUCUUCGUAUGGCUUCGAUAAAACUUCUUCAAAAUCUCUCUCAAAACAUGGGUCAAGAGUUAGCCAGUUCGUUACGUGGGACGGCUGGUCAGCUCAGUGGUUUAAUCAAAGUGAUCGGGGAAAACAUUGCGAGUACUGAAGAACAAGCGGCAGCGGUCGGGCUUCUAGCCGAUCUUCCGGAAAGAGAUAUGGGACUCACUCGACAAAUGCUAGAUGAAGGUGCAUUUGAAAUUGUGAUCUCGAGAAUCAUAAAGAUUCGGCAAGGAGAGCCGAGAAGAAGCCGUUUUGUAACGCCAUAUCUAGAAGGGCUCGUUCGUGUCCUUUCAAGGAUCACGUUUGUUUUGGCUGACGAACCAAAAGCCGUUUCUUUGUGCCGUGAUCAUGAUCUUGCCAGAAUUUUCACUGAACUGCUUCAGGCAAAUGGGCUCGACAAUGUGCAAAUGGUUUCAGCUUUUGCUUUGGAGAACUUAUCUCAAGAAUCCAAAAACAUGACCAGACUCCCAGAGUUGCCGACACCCGGAUUUUGCGCAUCGAUCUUUCCUUGUUUCAGCAAACAACCCGUGAUGACGGGAUUAUGUCCGGUUCAUCGUGGAACGUGUUCACGAACAGACACUUUCUGUCUAUUAGAAGGACCGGCUAUAGCAAGAUUGGUGGCGCUUUUAGAUCACACGAACGAGAAGGUAGUUGAAGCAUCGUUAGCUGCACUAUCGACUUUAUUAGACGAUGGGGUGAAUAUAGAAGCAGGGGUGGCCGUGUUAUGCGAUGCGGAAGGAAUCAAGCCGAUUUUUGACGUUUUAGUCGAGAAACAAACCGAGGCAUUAGGGAGACGAGCGGUUUGGGUGGUGGAAAGACUUCUACGGACCGAAGACAUAGCAUAUGAAGUUUCAGGUGAUCCUAAUGUUAGCACAGCACUCGUGAACGCAUUCCAGCAUGGCGAUUAUCGAACACGUCAAAUUGCGGAACGCGCCCUGAAACACGUCGACAAGAUACCGAACUUCUCGGGCAUCUUUCCGCCCACGUGAUCAUAUGCAGUCAAGAAGCGAAGGUAUGUAUCGUUAUUUCCACCACCAUUCAUUGUACAAUACAAGGUUUUUUAUCGUGUAAUUCAAUAUUGUUUCGAUUAUACGCUAUCAAGGUGAAACAAAUUUUACGAAAACAACUCGUAAAUGAUGACAACUGUCAUCGUCCAAGAGCGGUUUUUGUAAAGUUUAUACAUUGCCAGUGUAUAAAAAGAUGUAUGAUAUUUUGAUUAGAGGUGUAUAAAUUUUGGUUUGUUGUUUGAAUUGAGGACACUAUGAGUCCAAAUUGUGCAGUUCCUGUCUUUGAAUUAUUUUUGAAUGUGUUCUAAAAAGCUCGCCUUCAUGGCUCAA